AUGUCCGCAACGUUCGACUCACCCUCGAUCCUCGUCGCGCCCCGCCCCAUCCGUCUGCUGCCCCAGUCUUCGCCGUUUGGGUUCCUGCAUCACCGAUCUCCGUCGAGAUCGACCCAUGUCACCACCCUACGUCCACCGUCGACCUCGACGACGACGACUGAGGAUACCAACGGUGGCGGGGCGAGAAUCAGUCCCGACGGUGAAAAUAGCAGAGCGAUGUCGCCGUGCGCAUCAGCUUCCCCUCGACCGGGCUCAGAAGCACUCGAGGAAUUCCUCUCCAUCCUUCGUCCUUCGUUUUCCUUCCCUUCGUCCUCAUCCCCCGCACCCAUGUUGCGUUCAAUGAGGCUUCCCUACAACCAGACCUUCUCGUCCAUAGACUACUUUCCGUACAACAGGAAGCUCGUCCUAGCCGUCGACGAAGAGGGCGAAAGAGACGGGGAGACCGAGAAAGAUAACGAUAAAGUCAAGGACAGGGAUGCUAUGAUAUCUUCCCCCAUUUCACGAACCAACACCCGAAAUCCGUUCCAUCGGCACCCAUCUUACGACUCGCCUCUCAUUCUGCCGCUCCCAGCGACCCCGUCUCCGCAGCGUCAGUCCAUGCCGUCUCCAUCCCCCGUGUCUGCGACGAUGGAGCGCAUUCAACUGUACAAUCCCUACGGAGUGCGCAUGGCGUCCCCCUCGCCAUCGUCCACCCUUGGACUCAUGAAUAAGAGCGUAUUGUCCCCCGCUGCAAUUCCUCUUCCUCUCCCCACUCCGGACGAGAUCAGCGCAUUCGCGAAUUGA